AUGCCCAACGCAAAAAGAAUGAAAUAUCUAAAAACCAAUUUCCCCGAGAAAUAUGCUUUAGCAUUGGAAAAGGACAAAUUGCGCAAACAAAAAGAAAGAAAAAUUCUAAAAGCAAAUCCAAAGAAAUAUGCUUUAAAUCGGGAAAGGGCCAACUUGUGCCGAAGAAAUAGAAUUAAAAAUAUGACAGCAAAUAGUCCCAAGAAAUAUGCUGAACAUUUGAAAAAGAAGAUUUUGAGGCAAACGAAGAAACGCAGAGAGUUGUUAACAGCCGACCCCAAGAAACAUGCUGAAGUUAAAAAGUUCAACCGCGAAAGAGCUAGAUGGUAUCAGGAAUGCUUAAAGAAAAAAAACGUAUCAAUAAGACCGUUCAAACCUAAAGAACAAAUAGAAGAAGCAGAAUUCGAAAAGUAUUGGAAUACUUUCCCUGAAGAUGACGAAAAGAAAAAAGUAAUCGUUGCCGAAUUUGCUAAAAAACUUGGUCUUCUUGUUGGUCCUUUAAGUAAACCAAAAUCAAGAAAGACUUUAGAAAAAGAAAAAUUGGUAAGGGACUACUACAUUAACGAUAACAUCAGUCAAAUUUCAAAUAAUAAGGUGUGGAAAAAUGGAACACCCAUUCGCUAUAUGCUGCAUAGUAUGCACGAAGCAUAUGAUAAAUUUAAUACCGGCACUGUACCUGACCUGCUCAAGCAUAUUGAAGAAAUGAAGGUCAAAUUCUUACUUCAUGUGCUUGUUAAGCGAAACCAGGCAGCGUGCCUCGAGUCAUAUCGUAACCAAGCAAAAUCUGAGAACGCAACAACAGCCGUUCUUCAAGUUGAUUGGUCUCAAAGCUACCAGUGCUUGCAACAAGAUGAAAUUCAUGCUGCCUAUUGGAACAAAAAACAUCGAGUUUCAAUUUUCACUGCCAUGAUGUGGCAUCGUGGAGAGAAAUCAAUGGCUGUCGCUCUUGAUUCUCAAGACCACACAAAGAAGACGGUUAUUCCUUGCCUCCACAAAUUGUUCAGUGAAGAAAUCCCUGCUACAGCCACAACCGUACAUAUCUUUUCGGAUAAUGCUGGAGGCCAAUUCAAGAACAAAUACACCAUGGCUGUACUUCCAGCAUUAGAGAAAAAAUAUAAUAAGAAGAUUGUAUGGCAUUAUCUUGCUGCACAGCAUGGCAAAAGCGCUGCCGAUGGAAUUGGUGGAGGCCUUAAGACUGCUGCUAGAAAUACAUCCAAGGCAGGUGCAACUAUUUCAGACGCUAAAACUUUUGUUAAAAAUCAAUCUUCACUUUCAAAAGUCACCCUGAAGCUGAUAACCGAAGAAGAGAUCAAAAAAAUAAAUUCAGAAAUUGGAUUGGAGGAUAUUUGCAGCAACCAUCCAUUGCAAAUUAAAAACAUGCGAAAAUAUCACUGCUUCAAAGUCGGCUUAAAAGGAAUUUCAACAAAUUCGUUUAAAUCUGAUAAGAAUUCAUUUUCUCAGAAAUCUUUGAAUCGUACAAUGGUGUUAACAAGAAGUCGUCAAAAUUCUACACACGAAGAAACCACUGAAACCAUUGAAAUGUCUAAUCCAACACCAAUAUCUAAUGCAACAUCAAUGUCUAAUGAGAAUAAAGGAAGUGACAUUGAAAAAUUAACUGGUGAAGAAAAUUAUUAUCCAUGGUCAAUCCAGAUCAAAGCCUGGUUGAUGGACUUAGGUUUAUGGGUGGAUUUUAAUAAAACUGUUCUUUCAACAACAGAAAGAGAGUUAUCGAAGAAGGCAUAUAGAAAAAUCGUUCAAAAAAUUUCUCAUCCCAUUCUUGCAAAUGUUUCUCCACUUAUCGAUGAAGAUGACGGAGUACAACUUUUUCAAAAACUGCAAGAAAAAUAUUUCAAAGGAAACGCCUUUACAAAAAUGAACUUAAUUUUUGAAGCUUUUGAAUUAAAGUUACAUCAAAAUCCUAGUCUAAAUGAAUUGAAAACUCACAUCGACGUUUUGAGAUCAAAAUUCCAUCGUUUAUCAAUGAUGAAAGGAGAAAUUCAAGAAUUUUCAAAAGUUGCAUGUUUAAUACGAUCAAUUCCACGCACUUUUAGUGAAAGCAUUUCAUCUUUUCACAAUGCCAAAGACGAAGAUUUAACUUUUGAAAGAGUCUCAAAAACAAUUAUAGCAGACUAUGAAAGAAAAAACAUUGAUGGAACUUUUAAUUUUGAAAAUUCCUCUAAAGCUGCUUCAUUUUCACAAAACAAAAAUCGAAAAUGGAAAUAUGACAAUCUUCAUUGUUCUUACUGUAAUAAGAAUGGGCAUACAGCUGAAUAUUGUUGGAAAAAAAAGAAAAAUUUAACAAAUAAAUCUUCAAAUAAAAAUUUUUCAAAUGUUGCUGAAGUUGAAGACGAACAUGCAGGAACGUUCGAAAAUAAUUUUUCAACUAAAGAAAUAAAAGAAAAAAGAAAAUCUUCAAUAUUUGAACGACUUGAAUCUCGGGAGAGCCGUAUUUCAACUCCGAAAAAGAUUAAAACUCAGGGCAAGUCAAUCCGUAAUAUUCAAAAUGAUAUUCCAAAUCAAGAAAGUUAUAAUAUUCCUAUUACUCCAGGAAAGAAUAUUAAUUUUGAUGAAAUAUCUUUUCAUGUUGAACCUCAUGAAUAUGAAUUCAUGAAUAAAGAAUUUAAAAAUUAA